AUGUCAGAACGAGAUAAACAGUCAAUGCCACCUCCCUCGUCGUUAUGGACAACCACAUCUACGACUUCUCAGAAUUCAUCCGGAGAUACCACCGAUACUCAAUCUUAUGAACGUAGUCAAUCGGUCUCUUCUCAAUCACCAAAUCCAGAUUCAAACACUAGUGCUAAACGACCUCGAAUUGAAAUUGGAGAAACGGAAACAUUCCAUUCUUCUGAAAUAAGUUCUUCAACAUCUACAACCCCAUCAGGCCAGAGUCAAAGUCAUGGUCAACAAUCGAAUUUGAGACCUUCAAUUAUACCUAGCACUAGUGGAAGUAGUCUCAGAUCUUCUCCUUAUUGGCAUGACGACAUGAGUGUCAAUCGACAUCGAUAUCCACCCCAACAUUCUCCUUAUUCUCAACCUUUGCCUGGUCCAGCUCAAUCACCACUUUUCCCCUUUCCUACCUCUAUCGGAUAUCUUCCUCCGCCUCCGCCUUUACCUCAUACAUAUGGGCCUGACCAACCAUUCUCGAUCCCCAGCAGUACCUCCAGCACUUCUUUGAAAUAUAAUCCAAUCGCUGGACCCGCACCUGUUGUGAGCCAAUCCUCAAGUCACAGUAGACCUCCUACACCUAUAACGCCACAUGCACCUGGUGGAUUCCCCAAUCCUAAUCCCAAUUCCAAUCCCAAUCAAGAUUUCCAUCCUUCCUCUUCUGGCGGUGGACAUGGAUUGGCAUAUCCAACUUAUCCGCAACCUCAGCACUACGUUCAUCAUCCUAUACCUACUUAUAUACCUCCUUCUAUCCAAUCACAAAAUUCCGGUUCAAGACCUGGUCCAUUGAUGACAACUUCGAUACUUCAUGCACCAUCUACUGCAAGCAGUUCCUCAAACUCGCCUACACCAAUCGCCACAGGAACAGCAGCGGCCUAUCAACCAUCACCUUCACCGCCACUUCAAUCUGUCGUUAACGCCGUACCAUCUUCGACGUCAACGUCAAAUGUUCAAGAUUCACCUAUACCUUCUCUCGAACAGAUUGAGUCGACUUCGACUUUGACUUCGACCACGACGGUGAAGCCAAAAGGUAAACAUAAAGGUAUACCUGGACCUAAAGCCAGGAUACCUACGGAAGCUAAGAUUGCGAUUGCUGAACAUAUCAUCAGUAAGGGUGUGGCUAUGGCGAACCUCGAUGAAUUGGCUCAGAUGACCGGUCUGACGAAACAACAGAUCAAAUCACAAUUGGUCGAUAAUCGUCAGAACGUCCGAAAACAACUGAGCGAGCUCGCAAGGGGAUUACAGUAA